CGCUGACCUCUAACCACACUGGCAGUAAGGUAAAGUUUUGAAGGAUCCUGCGUAUAUCUAUCUUGUCAUAUAUAUUUUCUGAAAAUAAGCAAGGAUGAAGUCAUUUUUCGGAUGCCUCCUGUUGGUAUUAUUGGCACCACGCUCUGAAGCGGCAGAUUGCGCAUGCGCCACAUAUGGCUUGCACGUGCGUUCCGGCCACAGCCUCAACUCUCCUAUCAUCGGAACCAUGACAAACGGUCAGUGCGUGACCUUCAAGGGUGACCGGCAGGUGGCCGAUGGCUACACCUGGGCACACGUCGACUACAACGGAAAGGAUGGUUAUGCCGCGGUCAACUGGCUCAACAUUCAUCCAUGUGGGGCUCAUAAUAACGUUCUUCAGCUGAGCGGUUGCCCGCACAUCAUCACACGUGCUGAAUGGGGUGCACGCUCACCUAAAUACGUCAUCGGCAAGAUGGGGGUCACUCCGAAGUAUGUCUUUGUUCACCACGGUGCCACCGCCCCGUGUUAUAACGAGGCUGCUUGCAAGGCCGAGGUCCUGUCGUAUCAGAAGUAUCACAUGGACACACACGGUUGGCCCGACAUUGGCUACAGCUUCGUAGUCGGCGAAGACGGCCACGCCUACGAAGCAAGAGGAUGGGACACCAUCGGCGCCCAUACCUACGGCUACAACAGCGUCGGCCUCGGCAUCUGCGUUAUUGGCAACUUCAUGGAGAGACUUCCCAACCAGGCGGCCCUGAAUACUCUGAAACAACUGAUUAACUGCGGCGUCAGCAACGGCAAGAUCUCCUCCACUUACAUUCUACGAGGUCACCGCGACAUGCCCGAAAACCAGACCGCUUGUCCCGGCCAGAAACUCUGGGAGCUCAUCAAAACAUGGCCGCAUUACUAGCUGCCGUCGAGGACGGUCAUGGCCAUACGUUCCGUGCCGAUGUCAUCCGAUUAAUUCCGGAAUUGUACGACUGGUGACGGGCGUGAUAUUUGUAGGUUACUUAUCUUUUGUAUUCAUGUACUGUCCACCCUGGUUAUAAUGCGAUAUUUUCCGUUUCAUUAUAACCAGGGUGGACUGUACAUCAGUCGUCUCUGAAACUGAUUCUUUCAGGAAAUGCUCGAGUUAGUCAUGUAUAUAUCAUUAUACAAUGUUGAAUACACUUUUUGGCAUUGCCCCA